AAGGACUAUAACUCAAAGUCUACGUAGGGAAGACUACACAGGCCCAGUGACGGUGCAAACUGGGUGUUCGUGCAACGACCCCACACUGUCUCUAUGCAGCCCCCGUCAAAUAGACUCAAAAUUCAAUCCAUUGUGUGGUAAAGAAUCAUAUUUGUAUUUACUUACAGGGAUAUCACACUUAUCAAUCUUUCGAUUACACACCAAGUCCGGAGCUCAUGCAUUUUCAAUUGCAGUACUCGCGCGUAAAAACCUAAAAGAGUCAAGCUUGUUACUGGCCAAUCAUCACACGCCAGCACCCACCCAGCUGCGGCGCCUUCUAGCACUGACGCGUCCGACAAAAGGUAUAACAUACAUCCGGCAUUGUGCGGUAGCCAUGAUUGGUGAGGGGUAUUUAAUGCGCUUUCGAUAAGGUCUGUCCAACCCAUCUUCCACUCUUCCAGUCGGCUAUGCUACUGCUACUACCUGGCCUGCCCGUUUCUGAAAACACGCAGCUCGUCCUCGGUGUUGCGGCUUGUCUUUUAGGAGUAGUGGUGAUUGCUCGGGCUUAUCGUCCUAGAUCAAAGAAUGGCUUUCCUCUCCCGCCUUCCCCUCCCAAUUGGAGACUUAUGGGACACUUUCUACCCCCUCGCAAUUCAUUUCUCACUGUAGGGGAAUGGAUUAAAGAGUACGGGCCUGUAAUUACCAUUCGCGCAGGAACUGAGAAAAUCGUUAUUAUUGGCCGCCACAAAGCAGCGAUGGACAUUAUGGAGAAGCAGGGUAGAGUGCUAGCUGAUCGUCCUGCCAUGAAUGCUGGACAAAUAAUUACCGGCGGAUUGGCCAUUGGUUUUACAGGCGUCGGGGACAGGUUCCGUCGGAUGCGUAGGGCAAUUCAUACGCAUCUCCAGCCUAAGGCAGCUGAGGCAUAUGAGCCCCUGCAGAUGUCAUUUGCGAAGGACACGGUUCUUAAUGUAUUUGAUGAUCCAUCCAACUUCCAGAACCACGUGAUAAGUUAUGCUAUGACGACGAUUUUGACAGUGGCAUAUGGGAAGGAUACACCCACCUCUGCGGCUGACCCCGAAGUCAGAGCCAUUCGUCAGUUCAUGUCUGUAUUUCGGACAGUCUUGAGCCCUGGCGCUUAUUGGGUGGACACGAUCCCCUGGCUCAGAUACCUUCCUUGGUACGGCAGAAAAUUGAAAGGGGAGUUUGAGAGCAGCCGGAAGGUCUUCGUUAGUCAGAUGAACCGCGUGCAACAACAAUUACAGAGUAAUGUGGACAUUGGUCCUUCGUUCGGAAGAUAUGUGCUAGAGAAUGAACAUCUCCUUGGCUUGUCAAAGUUGGAGGCGCAUUUUCUUCCUGGCACCUUUUUUGCUGCAGGAGGCGAUUCGUCUACUGCGGCAAUAUGCACGGUGCUAAUGGCAGCUGCAUGUUUUCCCGAGGAGCAAGCUAAAGUCCAAUCUGAGCUUGAUGAGUUCAUAGGAAGGCGCCGGGCACCGACCUUCGCUGACCAAAAAUCUCUUCCUCUCCUGGACGCCUUCAUCUCCGAGGCUUUGAGAUGGAGACCGUUAAGUCCUAAUGGGUUUCCUCAUCGGACAACUCAAGACGUGAUUUGGGAAAACUAUUGCAUUCCCGCCGGAACUACGGUGCUCGGUAACAAUUGGGCUAUCUCGCGAGAUGCAGAAGUUUACCCUGAUCCUGAUGUAUUCAAGCCUCAACGUUGGAUGAAUGACCAAGGUGGCUUGAGGGACGAUCUCACAUUUUUUGUCUAUGGGUAUGGUCGGCGCAUAUGCCCCGCUUUACACCUUGCGAACAGAUCGGUGUGGAUUAACUCGGCCCUUUUGUUUUGGGCUUUCCAUCUCACUCUAGACCCUACGAAACCGUUGGAUGAUGUGGGCUUCAUGCAUGUGAUGAUGCCAGAUGUCUCUUGCCCUAUUGUGUUCACACCGAGGGUUCCAGAGGCAGAGCUCAGGCGCAUCAUGGGUAUUUAUCCUGAGGUUGACUCGGAAUGAGAAACCUCUACGCCUGUAUCAUCGCCACUGAGGAAAUGAACAAGA